AUGGCAUUGAUCAGAUCAAGAGAGGCAAGAACAACACAAGAAAACCAAUUAGACUCCAAACGAUCCGGCGAACGGAAAGUCCCCGUCGUUUAUUAUCUCUGCCGGAAAAAUGGACAGCUCGAUCACCCACAUUUCAUUGAAGUCUCUCUCUCUUCUUCCCACCACGGUCUCUAUCUCAGAGAUGUGAUAAAUCGAUUGAAUGAUCUCCGAGGAAAAGGAAUGGCUUGUCUCUACUCUUGGUCCACUAAACGGAGUUACAAGAACGGAUUCGUAUGGCACGAUUUAUCAGAGGACGAUCUCAUCUUCCCUGUUCACGGCCAAGAGUACGUCCUCAAAGGCUCCGAAAUUCUCUACCUUGAUAGCAACUCCGGCAAAGAAUCCGAUUUCCCCACCGUCGUCACUCGCCGGCGAAACCAAUCCUGGAGCUCCAUCGACUACAAAGUCUACAGAGUGUCCGAGUCGACCGCCGAGUCAACUCGUGAACUCGCGGCAGACGCUUCGACUCAGACUGACGAUCUCCGGCGGAAGAAAAAACCGACGACGGAGAAGGAGGAGAAACCACCGGUGAAUGAGAUCACGGAGCUGAGCAGAGAAGAGAUGAUUUCGCCUCCUCCACAAGACUCAGAUUCGAGCCCCGAAACACUAGAAACACUGAUGAAUUCCGAUGGACGGUUGAUAUUGAUUCCAGAAGAUCAGGAAUCGAAUCGGACGGUUGAGAGUUUAUCAAGCGGGAAGAUGCGAGCAUCGGCUGUUUUGAUGCACCUUAUAUCGUGCGGUGCGAUGUCGUUUAAGAAAUGUGGGCCCACGAUUAUGAACGGGCGCAGCGAGUGUACGGUGAGACGUGGAACAGGGAAUUAUAGGCUGGAGAGGGCAGAGAAGGAAUUAAGGAGUUUUGGAAGGGUAAAAUUGGAAGAGAAGGAGUAUUUUAGUGGUAGCUUGAUUGAUGAGAGCAAGAAGGAACGUGUUCCUGCUUUGAAGAGGUCUUCUUCUUACAAUACUCGCAGGAGUUCAAGGAUGGGGUUGAAGCCGGAGAUAUCGAAAGUUUGUGACGACGGUAGAUAG